CCCAUUCCAGGGUGGUCCCUGAAGGUUUCCCGGAGCUCUGUGGGGUUGGAGCAGAUCCCUCACCCGUGUCCCGUGGGUGUUUUCCAGGAAGGCGAUUCCCUGGGAGCCAUGGAGAAGCUGUGCCGGCAGCUCACCUACCACCUGAGCCCCCACUCGCAGUGGAGACGCCAGGGCAUGGUCAAGAGGAAGCCGCAGUCCUGCCUGAAGGCCGUGCUGAUGGGGAAGCCCCAGGACAACACGGUGGAUUUGUCGGGCAUCCCGCUGAGCCUGAAGGACGUGGAGAGGGUGACCUCGUACCUGGAGCAGAGCUCGGAGCACAUCUCCGCCGUGGAGCUGGGYUUCACCGAGCUGACGGACGAGCUGCUGCUGCAGCUGCUGCCCGCGCUCGGCCGCCUGCCCCGCCUCACCAGCCUGGCCCUCAACGGCAACCGCCUGACCAAAGCCGUGCUCAGGGACCUCACCGACACCCUCAAGGACCCCAAAAAGUUCCCCAGYGUCACCUGGAUCGAUCUGGGUAACAAUGUGGACAUCUUCUCGCUGCCGCAGCCUUUCCUGGUCAGCCUGAAGCGGCGCUGCCCCAAGCAGGGUAACCUGCCCACCAUCCUGGAGUUUGGGGAGGGUCAGCACAGCGAUUUGGAGGGGCAGGAUGGAUUUGGGGCCGGCCAGGAGGAGCUGAGGAGCCCAAGCCAGGCUGGCAGCACGGACUGGGAGGAGCAGAUGGACAGAAUGGACUCGGAGAAGGGCGCUGCCACACCACGGACAUGAUGCCCACCUUGAGCAGGGAGGGAGUCAAACCUCA